GUUUUCAUUUCCUCAUGAGAAGAAGAAGCACAGUAGAGAAGAAAGGCAGAGCCAGCACACUUAACCUUGGCUAACAUGGGGAACUGGGCUGUGAAUGAGGGACUCUCCAUCUUCGUCAUUCUGGUGUGGUUGGGGCUGAACGUCUUCCUCUUUGUCAAGUACUACAAGGUUUAUGAUGACGAGCCUAAAUAUAACUAUACUCGGAAACUCCUUGGGUCAGCACUGGCUCUGGCCCGGGCACCUGCAGCCUGCCUGAAUUUCAACUGCAUGCUGAUCCUGUUGCCAGUGUGUCGGAAUCUGCUCUCGUUCCUCAGGGGUUCCAGUGCGUGUUGCUCUACCAGAAUUCGAAGACAACUGGACAGGAACCUCACCUUCCAUAAGAUGGUAGCUUGGAUGAUAGCACUUCACACUGCCAUUCACACCAUUGCACAUCUGUUCAACGUGGAGUGGUGUGUGAAUGCCAGAAUGGGGAUUUCUGACCCAUAUUCGGUAGCACUCUCUGACAUUGGAGACAAUGACAAUGAAGAGUAUCUCAAUUUUGCCAGAGAAAAAAUCAAGAACCCUGAAGGGGGCCUGUAUGUGGCCGUGACUCGGUUGGCUGGCAUCACAGGAAUUGUCAUCACACUGUGUCUCAUACUGAUCAUCACAUCCUCUACCAAAACCAUUCGGAGGUCUUACUUUGAAGUGUUCUGGUAUACACACCAUCUCUUUGUGAUCUUCUUCAUUGGUCUUGCCAUCCAUGGAGCGGAACGAAUUGUACGUGGACAGACUUCGGAAAGUUUGGAAGAGCAUAAUUUAGAUUACUGUGCAGACAAAAUCAAAGAAUGGGGAAAAAUAAAGGAGUGCCCAGUACCAAAGUUCGCCGGAAACCCUCCCAUGACUUGGAAAUGGAUAGUGGGUCCCAUGUUCCUGUACCUCUGUGAGAGGUUGGUCCGGUUCUGGCGAUCUCAACAGAAGGUGGUCAUCACUAAGGUGGUCACUCACCCUUUCAAAACCAUCGAGCUUCAGAUGAAGAAGAAGGGAUUCAAGAUGGAGGUGGGACAGUACAUUUUUGUCAAGUGCCCCAAGGUAUCCAAGCUAGAGUGGCACCCAUUCACACUGACCUCUGCUCCUGAGGAAGACUUUUUUAGCAUCCAUAUCCGUAUUGUGGGAGACUGGACCGAGGGGCUAUUCAAUGCUUGUGGCUGUGAUAAGCAAGAGUUCCAAGAUGCCUGGAAACUACCUAAGAUAGCAGUUGAUGGGCCCUUUGGUACAGCCAGUGAAGAUGUGUUCAGCUAUGAGGUGGUGAUGUUGGUGGGAGCCGGGAUUGGAGUCACGCCCUUUGCCUCCAUUCUCAAGUCCGUCUGGUACAAAUAUUGUGAUAAUGCCACUAAUCUGAAACUCAAAAAGAUCUACUUCUACUGGCUGUGCAGGGACACCCAUGCCUUUGAGUGGUUUGCAGACUUGCUGCAGCUGCUGGAGACCCAGAUGCAGGAAAGGAACAAUGCCAACUUUCUCAGCUACAACAUCUAUCUUACUGGCUGGGAUGAAUCUCAGGCCAAUCACUUUGCUGUGCACCACGAUGAGGAGAAAGAUGUGAUCACAGGCCUAAAACAGAAGACUCUGUAUGGACGGCCCAACUGGGAUAAUGAGUUCAAGACCAUUGCAAAUGAACACCCUAACACCAGAAUAGGAGUUUUCCUGUGUGGCCCAGAAGCCUUGGCUAAAACUCUCAGUAAACAGAGCAUCUCCAACUCAGAGUCCGGCCCUCGUGGAGUCCACUUCAUUUUCAACAAGGAAAACUUCUAACUCAGCUCUUUCACCAGGAAACCAGUGUUUGCUGCCAAAUGCCCUGAUAUUGCCAGUUGAUUGUAGGAGAGGAGGAGGAAAGGAAACCAUAAUGACACGGGCCCCCUAAAAAGAAUUCCAAAGAUUAUUUGCGAGUCAUAGGUCAUAUUUACAUGGAGCUUCAUAGUUUCAGAGCACUUUUUAUAAACAUUGUUAUGUUGCAUUGUUUCAUAUUUCCCUCUUCCAUGCCAGAAGAGGGCAAGGCAAAAGCAUUUUCUGGGACUUUCUCUAGGAUAAACAAUAGAAGUUCAAAUGAGUUCAGCCCCUUCCUUCCGAUUAAGCAGCUGAAAUGAGAUCUAGGCCAGGAAACUCUGAAUGUAGUCACCUUUUCAUAUUUAAUAUCAGCUUGCCUCAAAAAUCGGUUUUUAUACUCUUCCCUCAACAAAAAAAAAUGCAAAUCAAAGAGUAGCUUAUCAUUCUUCAUUUGUGUUUCAUCUUUAACCUUAGCAUCAUAAUAAAGAAGACUUUUUUUUUUUUUUAUAGAGGAGAUAGUGAUGGUGACUUAAUACUUACUAAUGAUGGUAGGACACAGAAGUAUAUUCCAGUUUAACUAGCAUAACAGCAUAACUGGGUGAGAGAUUAUUCCUACUAAGAAAUAUUAGACUGUUUGGAGUUAAGGUAGCAUUUAUGAUGCUGUUUGACAGAAUGACUGUUCAAGAUCAGUUUAUUGAAUGGAUGAAUAAAUGAAUGAUGCAAACAUUCAGAACUAUGUCAGAAUGGAAUGCAUGGCCAGAGACAAAAUUACCCUUCUGUUACUUUUACAGACCAAAAUACCCUGAUUCCCCUGGGAGUAGAGAGAAAGAUAACCAGUAGGAUGGCCUGACUUAGUGUAUUCAUUCAACUGUUAUUUGGAGGCAGGAGGGAUGAAUUCAUAGUCCUAUCCUCCUAUGAUGAUGUUGGCUAACGCUUCUAGUUUAAAGGAAAAGACACAUUCAUUUACUGACAGAAAAGGUCUGCUUGAGCCAACCCUUGUGAAUUUUGAACUGAAUUCUAGCAAAUGUAUACCUGAUGAUACAUAUCCUGCUUAGAAUGCAUUUCUUCUUUGGCUUAAAUACCUACGCACAUAGAUCUAUGUGGAUAGACAACAACUUGUAUUUUUAUUACAGCAUUUUCAUCACCACUAGUUACCAGCAUCUUCCUGAAAUAUAAAUCCUAGAAACUGUCAUCCCCAAAUAACUGGGUUGAUAGUAAAAUCACACCCACUAUUUUAUGGGUAUCCAGAAGUGCAAGGCAGAGUGUAGAUCACUGCCACAGGAGUCACAUGUGGAAAUAAAAAAAAAAAAACCUUCUCCUGUUUCUGGGAACUAAAAGCAUUUCUGAUUGCCCCACCACCAGGGAUAAAAAGAUUUAUAACUUCAGCUUUGGUGAUGAGGAAGGAAGAGUAGAGGGCAGAGGUCUUGUUGGAGAGAAACUGUAGAGAGAACAGGAGAGAAAAGAAAACACAACACUCAAAUGGGAAAAGAGAAAGGGAAAGGGGCUCAUGGUGGUUGGGAUUCACCCUCCAUUUCUAUUUGAUAUGUAUCCCAUGUAAUUGAAUUGAAGGAUGCACGUGCUCAUCUUGUUUUGACUUCAUAUAGUAUUGCACAGUUUCAGUUCCGGUCACAAAUUUUGCUAUUGUAUAGACAUUUUGAAGAGACUAGACGAAGUGAGGGCUCAGAUUCUCCUUAGAUUCCUGUUAUCCCCUGUUCUCUUAACAUCCUUAGAGCACUGAAGGCUGGUUCUGGAAAGUAAGGCCUUCCUAGAUGUAAUGUGCACAUGGCACCACAAAAUUUGUUGCCCUUGGAGAAAGGUCCAGAGCCUUCAUGUUUCAUCCUAGGCAUUAGUUCAUUUAUUCAACAUACAUUUGUUUGGUAUAAUUAAUAUGAGUCCAUUUUAAUUAUUUGUGGCGAAGUUUGAGCUAGAGAGCUCUCAGUUACAAGGACUCUGAAAAUAACUUUCUAACAAAGGUGGUUAUGAGUCUGUUUGUUGCUCCAAGAAUGUUUCUCCAGUUUGCUGUUUUUUCCUUUUUUUCUUUAUUCUUCAAUAGAUCCUCUCCCAGCCCUGCUCCACACCUUCCCUAGAUCCAUUGCUCCUCUGUUUCCCUUCAAAAAAAAAAAAA